CGUUCGAUCUCAGACGAGCCAGGGCGAGCCUCGUUUUACGCCGCUAUAAGGAAGCCUUGUCAUGUCCGUGCCUCUUCGCUCUCACUCGCGUCCACACCAUAUGUUGUCUAGCUCUUCCUGGCUCGAACCGCCAUCUAGGAGGCUUGGCUGACCGUCCUGACGAUGAGCAAUGUAUACCCCGACAACCCAGAUGCGGAACGCUACCAAGUCUUCCUCCACAAUUACCUACACCUUGUUGGCAUAACCAUUUUCUAUUACGACUACGCCUUGACGUUCGGAGCCGAGUACUCACGAAUAUGGAAGCACCCCACUGGCACGCGAAGAAACUACAUGUUUUUGUUGAACCGUUACCUUAGUUUCCUCGGUGAUAUCGCCGUCAACGUCGGCAAUUUUUACGCAUUCAAAACAACUCACAGCUGCAGUCAGUACGCGUUCUACAGACAGGCUCUGUUAAUCGUCGCCCAGGUAGUCGUCGGCCUCAUACUGACUCUGAGGACGUCCGCUCUUUACAACCGAAACAAAUACGUCACCGGAUCAAUCGUCGCCGUUGGCCUUUCCCUCGCUGGUCUUGCCAUUUACGCUGUAAACGGACAGCGCGAGAGCAUUUCGCUGAGCGGAGGCUGUCACACAGCUGCCGCCCGGAAAACCGCUAUCCGUAUUGCAGUCGCAUGGGAAUCCCUCUUCGUGUUCGACCUCAUGAUCUUCUCGUUGACAAUGUACAAGACGUGGAAGACACGCCUGCUCCACUCGUCACGGACCGAUAAGCUCGACCUCCUCUCACUCAUAUCGCGGGAUGGCGCCAUGUACUUCGCCGUAAUGGCAUCCGUCAACUUGGCAAACACCUUGACGUUCUACUUGCUGCAGCCGCUACUAAGGGGUGUCCUCUCAACCUUCGCCAGCAGCGUCUCCGUGACGAUGAUGUCGCGCCUCAUGCUCAACCUGCAUGAGAGCGCCGGCAUACGCUCGACCCCGACUAUCACCAACGCCGGAUCCACUGGCAGUAGCGAAACCUCGACGACACUGCUAUUCACGUCGCGGAUAGUCAUGCAUGACGGUGACAUCGUUUCGGUGCCGAUACCCAGGGAUUUUUCCUUCCAUGACCGUCGAGACGACGAAGAGGCGAUGGUGCCGGACGACGUGCUGGACCAGCCAGAAGACAUAGAGAUGGCCCCGCGAGUUCGCAAUACGGAUAAUGGCGAGGUGUAGCAGCGGGGGCCCUAUCAGUGGGGUUUGACUUUUGACCUGGGACAAAGGACAUUGUGGCAUCAUGUAGAGUGUAUCUAGCUUAAGUGUAUUGAUAGUCAUAAUGUUUCAAUGCUAUAGGAUCUACAAGGUGGAUUGCUGUGCUA